CCCACCCUCGUCAAUCUACUAAUCAAAUACCGCAUGCAAUAGAGUGGCGCACUAUGGAUGCCCAAGUUGAGAAUCGACAACGGCUACCCAAUGCCCCCAACACGAAGCUGCCUUUCUACGAUGUCACGGCUCGCGGACAUGACAGCAUCGUCUCUGCCCCGUCACACUUUUACAAGAACACAAUCACAGCAUCUCCUGUUUUACCUUCUACAGAGGCUAUUCUCCAAGGUUUCGCUGCUUUUGUUAGCGCAGUAACUGAGCUUGAAGAACUUGCUUUUGUUGCCCAGUACGGGGUGGAGGGUGUUACUGAGCGCCGCCUUGCUACUGCCACAGUCACUGGUCUUGACAAGCCCCGGACAUUCUCGUCGCAAAAUGCACAGGUUGCAACAUUCAAGUCGAGUGCCAUAGACGGCGCCGAGUUCGACUUUGAAAUCAAGAUUGGCCCCCAGCUUGAUGCGCCUCUCCACACAACCCCUCGGCCAUUUGUUCUCUCUGUGGUUCCAUCGCAAGACGGCACUGUUGCCGAUCUGGAGCUAGCCAUUGAUGCUAGAAACGGCCCUGAGCCUGCUGGGGUUCAUCUGCUGGAUCUCGUUGCCCUCUACUUAGCCCCCGAAAAGACUGCAGAGCUCCCAGAGGCGCAGCAAAAUGCAACAUGGCCGGCUCCCAAGAUGUCUUACAUGAAUUCGCCGCUCAAUCUCUGGCGCCCGCCUAUGCUCAAAUCCGACCGACCCAAGGAUGGUGAGCCCGCUGUCGAGCAGCCUGCGCUAAUGCACUCUGGGUUUGAACGUCGCGCAGCCGAGUUCCCUGACAGAAUCGCUGUUGAAUGGAUGGCAGAGGAGAAUGGACCAAUUGAAAAGAUCACAUAUGCCGAGCUCAAUGCCAAGGCUGAAGUCGUUGCCGAUGAGCUCACCCUCAUUGAGCGUGAGAUUGCCUGGACGCCAGCUUUCCGCAACCAGCGAGCGGUUCCAAUCUUUGCCGGCUCGUCGCCUGACCUCUACAUUGGUAUCUUUGGUAUUAUGAAGGCUGGUUUUGCAUUUAGCCCGCUUCCUCUCGAUGCGCCCCCUCAACGUCUUCUUGAUGUCCUCGAUGACUCCAAGGCUUCUGUCGUUCUUGGUGUUGGAGACGUCCCCUUCCCUGGGGUCGAUCUUUCUGAGGAUAACGAAGUAAACAGAGCUCUCAAGGAAAAGACGUGGUUCAACAUCCGCAACAUCACCGGAUGGCGCGCCAACCGACCGGAGAUUAACACGGAUCCCUCCAGCAUCCAGCGACACCCCCCUACUGAGCAAGAUCUUGCUUACAUUCUCUACACCAGUGGCUCAACUGGAAAGCCUAAGGGUGUCCUCAUCUCUCAUCUUUCUGGCACCUGUGGUGUGAAUGGCCACGCCGAAGUCUUUGACCUUCCAACCGGAACUGAGCUCCGCUGGCUGCAGUUUGGCAUGCCUACCUUUGAUCUUUGCCUGCUCGAACUUACCCUCACACUAGGCUACGGUGGUACCGUCUGUGUUGCUGAGCGCCAGAUUAUGCUCGGCGACAUUGAGCGCACCAUCAACACAUUCAAAGCCACUAGCUUGUUUACAGUGGCUAGUUUGGCCACUCUGCUGCGUCCUUCCAAGCUACCGACCUUGACCACCAUUAUUUCCGGCGGCGAGUAUCUCAACAAAUAUGCCAUCGAAAACUUUGCCUACGACAGACCUUGCCCUCCCGGCGAGACCCCCAAGCGUGUCAUCAACAUUUACGGCCCGACCGAGACUACAAUGUGCCUGACGGCUGAGACAGCCGGACUUGGCUCCCGCGGUUCCAUUGUCGGCAACAUCUUUUCUUGCGCAUCUGGAGUCAUCAUUGACUCCAACUCGGAUGAGCUUAAGGAGGUUCCUGUUGGCCUGACUGGUGAGAUUGCCUUUGGUGGCCCCAUGGUUGGCUACGGCUAUCUGAACCGACCCGAGGAGACAGAAAAGGCCUUCACCAACGGCCUCGGCAUGGGUGAACUAUACCGAACUGGCGACAAGGGCCGCAUUGUCUGGGGCCCCGACGGUGCCGCUAAGCUGGAAAUCCUUGGCCGUCUCAACAUGGAACAGGUCAAGCUCAACAGCAAACGUGUAGAACUCGGUGAGAUCGAGUCUACCAUUGCCCGCGUCGAGGACAUCCGAGAGAUUUCCACCGUUGUUCUUGACGGAAGCUUCCUUGCCGCCUACAUGUCUUUAACUGGUGACCACACCGACGCUGCAUAUACCGAACAGGUCAUUGCUCAGUGCCGCGCCAUGGCUGAGCAAAACCUCCCGGAUUGGAUGCGUCCCAGAGAGUACACAGUUCUCCCCGUCAUUCCUCGCACACCCAACGGCAAGGUCAACCGAAAAGCGCUGCAGCAGACUGCGCUGGAACAGUUUGGUGCCUCCAGCAUGCGAAAGGAACCUACUCCGACUGCCUCGAUCCACGAGCUCACAGUUGACUUGGCAAAUGCUGAUAGCGUUCGCAGUCUCGUCAUGGAGACUCUCAAGAUUGUCAUUGGAGAGCAUGUUGUCAACAACGAUGUUACUCAACCGCUUAACUCAUGGGGUCUUGACAGUCUGCGUGCCAUGAAGUUCUUGUCUACUCUUCGCGCCCAUGAUGUCUACGGCCUAGCUAUGAAGGAUGUCCUUGGAGGCAAGACACUCGACAGUGUGGUCAAGUCUAUCGUGGAUGCGCAUGCCCAGGAAGUUGCUGAGGCUGCUGCUGAAACUGCCGUUGACGACGAAGUUGUUCAGUUUGAGGAUGAGGAGGAGUUUCUCACAUUCCCCGUCGGUGCUAAGCUCAAGCACUUCAACUUCCACUGCCGUCCCGUUUGUGCUGAGGCUCUCGGUGUCUCCGAUGAGGAGAUUGAAGAUGUCCUUCCCGCUACGGGUAUUCAAACUCGCAUGCUGGCUAUGAUUGAAGAGGCUAAGGUAUUUAAGUAUACCAAAGCCUGGGUUGAGCAUUUCCCAUAUGAGGUACCGGAGGCUAUUGACGCAGACCGUCUAGAAAAGGCGGUGAUAGCUGCUAUGGAGACUCGCGAUGCCUUCCGCACCGUCUGGGUUCCCGUUGAACACCCAUUGGCACCUUUUGCUGGCGUAGUGCUAUCUAAGAAUUCCAAGGCUGCAACUCUUCCUAUUGUUAAGACUACAGUGCCCGUCUACGAUACUCGCCCCAACAGCCUAUGGAUGAGAACCAUUAACAAUGCCCAAAAGGCAGCCGAAGAGUUCUUUGGGAUGUACAACCUUGGCUCAGUAACCACAUUUGUACGCUCUGCUGACAACAAGCACUGCGUCAUCAUCUUCUCUAUGUUUCAUCUCACCUACGACGGCAUGAGCAUUGAGAACUGGCGCCGCGAUGUCGCACAGAUCUAUGCAGGCAAGCCGGCUCCCGAGCACCCCAGCGGCGGCGUCCGCAUUCCUGUCGAAGAGCACUUUGGCACCGACUGGCUGAGCACGACACUCUUCUGGAUGAAGCAAAUGGCUGGACAGCCCAACUUCGUCACUGGCCAGGAGCUGCUUCCCUCUGGUAAUGCCGAGUUCAUCUCGAACGACACUGGUGUUGGAGUUGCCAGCGAGCAGCUAGUGUGUGCUUUUAGCAUCGACGAACUCUUCACGCUCUGCAACACACAGGGUCUCUACACGCCCAUGGCUGUUCUGCAGGGUGCUUGGGCCAUGGCAUUGUGCCAGACUCUAGUCAAGACAAACGAUGAUGCAGCCAGAGACUUGGACGUUCAGUUUGGCAGCAUUUUCCACGGCCGCCAUACCCCAGACUCCCUACAAGUCUAUGCUCUGAUGCUUGACGCUCUGCCUACGCGCAUCGUUUUUGAUGGUGCCAAGCGUCUCACUCACCGAGAAAUCUGCUCGCGCCUCUUUACGCAGUACACAGAAUGUCUUGGAUUUACCGAGAUGCCCUGCCCGAGCGUCUUGUUCGCCAAGUCUACGAGACGCUUCGACUCUACACUCAUCCUUCAAGCAUUCCCCAAGGAGACCCCCACGGGCAACGAGGACCCGGAUGCUAUGCCUGGCUUUAACCGUGAAGAAAAUAUGCUCAAGCCAUGGAGAGAGACCAAUGCCGGCACCCCCAUCUUGCUGGAGCUAUGGCCAGGCAAGGAAUUGUCCAGCGAGAAGCUUCGGCUCCGCUGCUCCUACAGCCAGAGCUGGGUCGGCUACGAGUUCAUGACCCCGGAGUGGGUUCGAGGCUUGACAGUUGCUUUCAAUGAGAGCAUUGUUCAGAUUCUCACCAACCCGGAUGGCGAAUUCAACCCCGCUAAGCAGCUUGUGCAGCCUGCUGACGCGAUGGAUAUGACAGAGUAAUAAGUUAGCACGGAUGCUAACUUAACAUUGACACUGGUAUAUAUAGUAUGAUGGGUUUAUUUUUUUACGUCUUCCUACAUCAUUUCCUUUAUGAUUGUAUUUUCAUGCAAAUAGCUAUUCAAUCUUGAAACCGCGCCCUUCAUUUGUAGCGUUGUGCCGUGCUGACUGUAAGACGAAUUUAAGUUUAGCGCAUGGGGCAGUAAUAGACACAAGUUGCAAUUUAGUAGGAGGAGUCAUGUGGUGAUCGGGACACAAAAAAGGGUAUCUUGUAAAUAACAUAAACUCCAUGAAAUGAAUAACAUUAAACCAAUUGGUUGCCCAAAUCCUGCCUCUUUUUAUGCAAGACGGAAAAUUUUCCGGGAAAAUAGAAAACAAUUGUAGAACCUAGUACAUAAUAUCCUUGAAUGCUUGAAUUUACCCACCCAACCCGAAAAAGAAAAACGCCAAAAAGAAUCAAAUAAAAAAUGGGUAAAAUAGGAGCUCCCGUCUAGGUUACCUCAGAGGCGGGCGGAAGUUGUUUGUCUCGAUAGCGGUAGCAAAAUGCUCAGCCUGGGUCAGACCAUGUUGCGUGCUGACAUGGCGGAGCUGAGCAACAGUCCAUGCACGUGUCUCAUCGGUAAGACUGUGCAUGCACCCAAUCAUAAGCAGCACCCAGCAAGACAAAUAGCCACCAAUAGCAGAUCCGGAAUACGUAACCUGCUCGCCAAAGAAGACAGACGCGGGAAAAUAGGAAGGGGACGAAGCAGAAGAGUUAUCCGCAAUGUCAAUUCCAGAGUCAGACGCCACUGGUGUCGAUCCUUUGUUUCGUGCCUGGUGUGCUGAACCCUGGUGUUGGGGCUGUGAUGGCGCGCUGACAUAGCCCAUCAGCUGUGGAACGGUCGAGAUAAGAUCGUCGCGCAAAGAUUGCAUGUUCUUGGUGACCUGCUGCAGGCGCUCAGCAUAGCUGUUGGAGAAGAACCAGUUGCUGUCAGUGUUUGCUCCGCGGAGCAACAGAUGACUGAUGGCGUGAUUGGCCAGGAUGCGGCAGGUUCUCAUGCUGUUCCAUACGCUGGCAACGCCAACAUCAGGGUAAAUGUAUUGGAUGUCUCCUAGCACGCGAGCACCCGCAACGGCGCCAGGGGACGUUGGCAUGACAGUGUACUGCCAUUCCGGCCCGACUUCGCUGAACGUGCUCUGGAGGCGGUGGUCAAUUUCCAGAGCUUGCGACAAGUAUCGCUCCAAAUCCUGUACGGGCAUAUGCGGCUUGGGGCCCGCCGCCCCAGACGUGGAUGGUGGGGGAAAGUUGUUGGCCACAUAGGUGUACCCGCCCGGAGAAAUGUGCUGAUAGAGAUCCAGUAGCUCAACCAUGGCGCUGCUUGCAACCCAGUACGGAUCGGAAACACUAAUCGCCUUGGCAGCCUCGAUGCGCAACAUGCGCAAUGCACCAGGCAUAGGGCAACCCACUCGAAGGCAGUUGACCAAGAGUUGACCAAAUACAUCCUUGAAGAUCUGAAGGCCAAUGGGGUGUGAAAAUUGGGAUUUGCCGCGAAGCGUCAGAAGUGAGGUGGCUCCCUCAAUGUGGAGCUUCCAACCCUCGAGGGAGGAUUUGGCAAAGUCGUAGAGCGAGAGAAUAAGCACAGUAGCAAUUGUGCUGUCUCGUCGCGCUGCCUGAGGGUCGGUCAGGGCACGGUUGACCCGCUCCAUAGUGCGUGUAUACAUCAUUACAGAGCGUGCCAUCAAGUCGCCCUGCCUUGUCGUGUGGGCAAGACCGCUGAAUCCAAGCGCUAAAAUAGCACCCUCCAGCAAGUCAUUACCGUCUUCUCUGGAGAGGAUGUUAAAUGUGUAGUCAAGAAAGCCGGAUGAUGGGCCAGACUGGCGAACGACAUAGUGAGAUAAGAAGUAGUUAAGACCCAUCAUGUCAAGCGGCAAGGAGAAUGGCCUUGAAAUGGCCUCUUGUUGCGGCGUGAUUUGUUGCUGGUUGGGCAUCCGUUGCUGUUGCACAACGGUUGUUGAUCCUGCAUUAGAACCUGGACGGCGGCUGCUCAUGUCGUCAGCAAUGUCUUGGAUGGUAACCUCAUCGAGGCCGGCUGCCGUUGAUGAGGUUGCUGUAGCACUAUCGCCAGGACCAAGGAUAGGAUCGGAGCCUUGGUUGACAGGGAAUAAAUCCGGGUCGGCGUUGAAGGGGCUGAGGAAUCCAAGCAGAUCGAGAUCAAAUGUGUUAUUCGAAAAGACAUUGUCACCAGCCUCGCUCAACAGCUCUUCCACUGUGGAGAUGUGCGGUGAUGACUCGCCCUGGCUCGAGGUCCGGAGCUUGGUAGGCUCUGCAGACAAUUGACGCUUGACAGCAGCCGCCGUUGAGGAUGAUGCUGGGGCCGAUGUCUUCUUCGAUACCUUCGAUCUGGCCUUGUCGAUGACCUGACUGCUCUCAUCGCGGAAGAUGAGGCCAGAGGGGUCUCUGUAACCAGGGCAUGGUUGCUUGAGACGACGGCAUUGUCCACAUUCAGGUACAGCCUUGUCGCACUACAAUCAGAUUCAAGUUAGCGUUGCGUUACGGAUUGCCUAGGGAGGGUCGAGUUGGUUCGUGCAUCGCAGACUGGAAUCUUGGUGUUGAAUCCCGUUCCCAUCCCCGUACCUGUGGUCUCCAUUCCGUAUGUUACAGUCUUUUGCCCAGCAAUUGGGCUCGUGACAUGCUUGCGUAAGAGAACGCGUAUGCCGUCGACGUGGGACAUAUAAACAACGGAGGAUCCCCCAGGUCAUGGAGAGUUUCCAUUCCACUCUGCACGAGUCACAAUCACACACUUACUCGUCGCUUCUUGGCUCUGCAGUUGUGGCAGCUAGUCGAUGGACGGCCGUAGUAGACCAUGGUGAUAGGUAUGGAGGGGGGGUUAGAGGAGGAGGGGCAGGAGGGGGCCAACGGUAGGCUGGCUUGCUGGCGGGCUGGCUGGCAGGCUUGUGCUCAGAGAGACGUAAAUGGAAGGCGGGCUUCUAUUCUGCUUCUCAAAUUGUUCCCUGCGAGUAUGCUGUGCAUCAAGGGUCUGAGCAGCAGCAGCUAGAUGGAGAGUGUCGUGCGGGAAAGUCGGACUGAAAUAGAAAGCAUUACGACAGACCAGGACGGAAAACGCGGUCUCUAUAAGUGUCGGGGUCGACAGUAAGAAGUGAGAUGGGGCGUCUGAUGGCGGUAGCUGUGAGGAGCAGGGGAAUAAGAAGCGGGUUACAAAGAAAAAGGAUAAUAAAAAUAAUAAAAUAGCACGCAGGGGAGCGGCGUGAGAUGCGAGCAGCAAGGAUGGAGUUGGUUGGGUGGCCAGGCUGCCGGCGAUGGGCGGAUAAGACGGCAGCCAACAGUAAGCAGCGCCCGGUGUCCAGUCACGUGGGCGCCGUUGAUGCUCUGGCUGCUGUCAAGUUUGCUAGUUUGUGGUGAAGUGGGGAGAUGUGCAGCAAAAUCAGGCUUGCAACUACGCCAGUGGCUUUUUUUGCCCACUGUAAACGACGGACAGUGGUUGGUGGGUUCUGCAAUAAACGCUAGCUUAACGUACUGUAGUCCAUUUAUUUUUGGACAGCCUGGUCUUGGUCCGACAUUGAUUGGCUGGUUUGAAGCUGAAUGGUGACAGGAAUUGGGCUGUUGCGCGCCCGUUAAGCCAGUACGGUUUUCAGUUGGCCACAGAUAAACAGCAAGGCUAAGCAAGACAGGUGCGGCAACAGCGUCUAUCGAACAAAAAGAUGCUACAAAAACUACUGUAGAGGAACGAAGGCUAGAACCGAACAGAAUGGCCAUGCCAACAGACAGUGCCGAUACAUGCCGCAUGUCGACGCAACGUGCACCGUUAUCGCCAUUCCCGGAGCGUGCUCCCAAACGUUGGCUCGAAGGAAUAUAGGGCCUUCGUUCAACGUUAAUCAAACACCCUGAUCCAGUUCUCGUCGUAUGCUUACCUUAGCACCCCUUUAACCCGGAUCUGCCAUGUGGCCUGGCACGGCCUGCUCAUACCUGAAAACGUGCCUCUGACACCACGUAACCACUACGCUACGCCAAAAACA